GUGUCUUGGCCCCUCGGUUUAUAACGACAAGGCUUGUAGCUUGAUAAGAUAAUAACCACAAUAGAUAGACAAUGAAGCUCUGGUUACCGAAGAUCUUUGUUAUUAGAUGUUGGCAAUUUUUAGUUGUGAUGGUAACAAUAUUGUUUGGUUGCUUUAGCUUAAGUCAUUCAAAAUGUGAUUUUGAGGCAAUUUUCAACUUUGGUGACUCGAAUUCAGACACCGGUGGGUUUUGGGCAGCUUUUCCGGCACAGUCUGGUCCCUUUGGCAUGACUUACUUCAACAGACCUGCUGGUCGGGCUUCUGAUGGAAGGCUCAUUAUUGAUUUCUUGGCACAAGGUCUAGGAUUGCCAUUUUUAAGCCCAUAUUUGCAAUCAAUUGGAUCAAAUUAUAGACACGGGGCCAACUAUGCAACAUUGGCUUCAACAGUCCUCCUUCCAAACACUUCAUUAUUUGUUACCGGUAUUAGCCCCUUUUCCCUGGCCAUUCAGCUCAACCAAAUGAAGGAAUUCAAGACCAAAGUUGAUGAAUUCCAAUGCUCCUCGUCCUCGUAUCAUGGAACAGAAUCGACGAAACUUCCUUCACAAGACAUUUUCGGAAAAUCUCUCUACACAUUUUACAUUGGUCAAAAUGAUUUCACUUCCAACUUAGCUGCUAUAGGAAUAGCUGGAGUGAAACAGUAUCUCCCUCAAGUGGUCUCCCAAAUUGCUGGCACCAUCAAGGAGGUAUAUGGCUUAGGAGGGCGUGCAUUUCUAGUGUUCAAUCUUGCACCAGUGGGUUGCUAUCCAGCAUUAUUGGUGGAGCGUCCUAACAAUAGUUCAGACGUUGAUGAGUUUGGAUGCGUUAUCUCUUACAACAAUGCAGUGGUAGACUAUAACAACAUGUUGAAGGAGACACUAACACAAACUGGGGAAGCUCUCUCAAAUGCUUCCCUCAUAUAUGUGGACACUCAUUCUGUGUUGCUACAGCUCUUCCGGCAUCCUACUUCUUAUGGGCUUCGAUAUGGUACUAAAGCAUGUUGUGGACAUGGAGGUGGCACCUACAAUUUUGACCCUAAUUUAUACUGUGGGAACACCAAGGUGAUUAAUGGGAGCACUGUGACCGCAACAGCUUGUAGUGACCCGGAGAACUAUGUUAGCUGGGAUGGAAUACAUACCACAGAAUCAGCGAACAAGAUUAUUGCACAGGCAAUUCUAAAUGGCUCUUAUUUUGAUCCUCCUUUUCCAUUGCACCAACUCUGUGACAUCCACUCUAUAGGCUGAUCCACUACACUACUUUUUGUUAAACAACAUUCAAGCAGCCAGAUUAAUGUCAUCUGCUAUGAUUGUUAUGAAUAAAUUUACUGUGAGUUGAAAUUAAGAACUCAACUAAUCUCUUAAUCAACAAAGGCACAGCCAAUUGGAUACUGCUA